CCUUUUGCGUUUGGUUAUAGCGUGGCAUUUCUUUAAACCUAAGUAAGGCAAUCUUUGAUUCACAAAGAUGGUCAAAGAAGACAAGUCCACUUGGAAGGCUAAUUAUUUUACCCGUAUUAUUCAACUCUUUGAAGAAUUUCCAAAAUGCUUUAUCGUUGGAGCCGACAAUGUCGGAUCAAAACAGAUGCAGUCCAUUCGUACUAAACUCCGUGGAAAGGCUGUGGUUCUUAUGGGAAAGAACACGAUGAUGAGAAAGGCUAUCAGAGGACAUUUGGAAUCCAAUCCUGCUUUGGAAAGACUCCUCCCUCACAUCAAGGGAAAUAUCGGCUUCGUUUUCACUAAUGAAUCAUUGCCUGAUAUUCGUGACAUCAUUUUGGAGCAGAAAGUAGCUGCCCCUGCAAGAGCAGGAGCACUUGCCCCAAAAGAUGUAUUUGUACCUGCACAAAACACAGGUCUUGGUCCAGAAAAAACAUCUUUCUUUCAAGCUCUUCAAAUCGCCACUAAGAUCACCCGUGGUACCAUUGAAAUCUUGAACGAAGUUCAUUUGAUCAAAUUAGAUGAGAGAGUUGGUGCCAGCGAAGCUGCACUAUUAAACAUGUUGAACAUUUCUCCCUUCUCUUAUGGUUUGAAAAUGCUCACAGUUUACGAAGAGGGUUCCAUUUUCGAUCCAUCCAUGUUAGACAUCACGUCUGAGGAAAUUAUGAAUAGAUUCAUGGGUGGUUUACAAAACGUUGCCGCAUUAUCUUUGGCUAUCGACUAUCCCACAAUCGCCUCCGUUCCUCAUUCAAUCAUCUACGGAUUCAAGAAUUUAAUGGCUCUUGCAGCAGUAACUGACAUAGAGUUUGAAGAAGCCAAAAUGGUUUGUUUUAUUUAGUAUUUCUCAUUAUAGAAAUGGAACUCUUGCGUACCAAUAUAUUAGAGUCUUUACAACUCUGAAUUUGAGUUCCACUUGGAUUAGAUGCCGCUGUAGGGCAUAUACAAUUUGAUGAUGAAGCGUUUUUCCGUAUUAUCUAUGAGGAAACACAAACGAAUGUAGCGACAGGCUGUCUGAUUUUAACUUAGAUAUUGAGUAAAAAUUAAAUUGUUUGCAACGCUAACGUUGACUUCUUUUUUACAGCUUAAAGAAUAUUUGGCCGAUCCCUCGAAGUUUGUCGUAGCCGCAGCUCCAGCUGCUGCCUCAACUGAGGCUAAGAAAGAAGAGAAGGUUGAAGAAGAAGAAGAAUCAGAUGAUGACGAUAUGGGAUUGGACUUGUUUGGUUAGAGCUAUACCGUUUUCAAUUUGUAUUCUUACUCUGAAUACAGUUUUGCAAUCCUUGAUUGAAGAAUUGUUGAUAUCAAAUUGAAUUAAUACUCGGCGUGAUGAUUGCGUUACCGCCUUAUACCCGCUUUAAUUUAACAUAAAAUAUUUCAUACUGGUUGACUUACUGGUAUUCGUACCGAAAAAAAUUUACACCAACAGAAUACGUCCUACAUUUCUAAGUUUUUUCAUAUUGUAGCUAUUUGUAUAUUGAGUGAAUUAGAACUCUUCCAAUUUUCCUAUGAUAUAGUAGUCGACAUGUAUAAACUAAACACAGUAAUAGUUCGGAAUUUUUUCUUCAAAAAACUAACUAUUGAUGGAAGUAUUUGAAUAACUAAUAAAUAUUAUCC